AUGACUCUGCUCCUCUGGUCCUUCUUCUCUGACCUCCUCUUCUCCUCCUGCAGCUCCUCUGGUCCUCCUUCUCUGACCUCCUCUUCUCCUCCUGCAGCUCCUCUGCUCCUCUGGUCCUCCUGCUCUGACCUCCUCUUCUCCUCCUGCAGCUCCCUGAGUGCAGACGCAGAGGCAGACGGGUCGUUCCGCAGAGAAGGCGUCGGUCGUCAGAGCGUGUCGGAGAAACGAACCAAACAGUUCCAGGACGCCACCCACAUGGUCUCCUCCUGCAAGUCCAAGAGCAUGGACCUGGGUAUGUCUCCUCCUCUGCUCCUCCUCUGCUCCUCCACCUCUUCACCUCUUCUGCUCCUCCACCUCUUCUGCUCCUCCACCUACUUUCUCCUUCACCUCCUCUCUCCUCCACCUCCUCUCUCCUCCACCUCCUCUCUCCUCCACCUCCUUUGCUCCUUCACCUCGUUUGCUCCUUCACCUACUUUCUCCUUCACCUCCUCUCUCCUCCACCUCCUUUGCUCCUUCACCUACUUUCUCCUUCACCUCCUCUCUCCUCCACCUCUUCUGCUCCUUCACCUACUUUCUCCUUCACCUCCUCUCUCCUCCACCUCUUCUGCUCCUUCACCUACUUUCUCCUUCACCUCCUCUCUCCUCCACCUCUUCUGCUCCUUCACCUACUUUCUCCUUCACCUCCUCUCUCCUCCACCUCUUCUGCUCCUUCACCUACUUUCUCCUUCACCUCCUCUCUCCUCCACCUCCUCUGCUCCUUCACCUACUUUCUCCUUCACCUCCUCUCUCCUUCACCUCCUCUCUCCUCCACCUCCUCUGCUCCUUCACCUACUUUCUCCUUCACCUCCUCUCUCCUCCACCUCCUCUCUCCUCCACCUCCUCUGCUCCUUCACCUACUUUCUCCUUCACCUCCUCUCUCCUUCACCUCCUCUCUCCUCCACCUCCUCUGCUCCUUCACCUACUUUCUCCUUCACCUCCUCUCUCCUCCACCUCCUCUCUCCUCCACCUCCUCUGCUCCUUCACCUACUUUCUCCUUCACCUCCUCUCUCCUUCACCUCCUCUCUCCUCCACCUCCUCUGCUCCUUCACCUCCUCUGCUCCUUCACCUCCUCUCUCCUCCACCUCCUCUCUCCUCCACCUCCUUUGCUCCUCCUUUGGACCGAGACUUCUCUUUGAGCCAGACUUUAUCUCCAUUAAACUUUUUGCAACUGUAACUAGACUUGGCGCCAAAGUAACGGUGAUCUGCGUUCUGAUUGGCCGCCGCAGACUGAGUGGAUGA